CAAUCAGCUCUUAUGCAACUGGGUGUCGACGACUUGACGUCCGGGCUUAUACAAUCACCGUUUAUUAGGCUCGCUGUAUGGUACAAAGCUGCCCGUUACUUCUUCUAAAUAGCAUAUUCCUCGUAUUUCUUCCGUGCUUGCUGGAACUUACUCUGUAUAUUCCUCUCUAAUACCUUUCUUUUACUUUGUCCCUCUGAACUCUGUCUGCAUUGGAAGCGCCUCACUAUCUCGCUUUAUUCUACGAGAAAUGGUUCAUAUCAAGGAGUUUCGGAUUGUUAUGCCCGUGUCGUUGGAAGAGUAUCAUGUGGCACAUAUGUUUGUUGUGAUGAAGAUGUCACAACAGCACACGACUGGGGAGGAAGGGAUAGAAGUCGUAGAGAACAGACCCUUUGAAGACAAUACCCUUGGGAAGGGUCAAUACACAAAUAAAAUUUAUCGCCUUCAAAGCAAAAUUCCCUCUUGGCUUACUACUUUUGCAACAGCAGAUGCUCUUGUCGUGCAAGAGGAAGCGUGGAAUGCAUUCCCACUAUGCAAAUCAGUAAUGAAGUGCCCAUAUUUUCCCAGGUUUCAGUUAACGAUUGAAACUGUUCAUAGGCCUGACAAUGGGCAGUCAGAAAAUGUGCAUGGCCGGAGCGAAGAACUGGAAGCUAGGGAGGUGGAAUACAUUGAUAUAGCUUCUUCUGAAGGGAACUAUUGGAGUUAUCUAGUUGGAAAUAACAAUGUGGACUUCUCAGUAUUCAAAUCAGCAAGAACAGGUCGUGGUCCACUUUUGGAGGGAUGGCAGGAUAGAUGCGAUCCUGUUAUGACGGCAUACAAAUUGGUAACAAUUGAUGCACCAUACUGGGGCUUUGGAUAUCGACUUGAACAAGCUCUAAUUGCGGGUGAAAAGGCUCUAUUUUUGGAAAGUCAUCGUAAUUGUUUUAGUUGGAUUGAUGAAUGGUAUGGAAUGACAGUGCAACAAAUUCGUGAACUUGAACAACAAAGCCAUUCUGCAUUAAAUGAGGAUUAUGCAAGGAUGCUUAUACCCAUUAAGGUUGAUGCCUUUUUCCAGUUGGAUAUUAAGUUAUGAUAUUUAUUUUCGAGGGAUUGAAAUUGCAUGGGAUUCUGCAGAAUUGAGUUCCAUUUAUUCUUCCAUACCAGUAUUUCUUGCUCAAUUACAUCAAGCCAUGCUAAGUUUGAUAUUAUACGUGUGCGCAUGUGUUUCUGUAUGUGUACCAAAUUUCAUUUCAAAUUAUAACCAACGAUUCUAAAGAUCAAAAGAAAAUGUAAUCAUUAUCAUUCCUUAAUGUUUAAAAUGGCAACAAGAAAAUUGAACUCAUUUUACUAUCAAGUAAUGUAAAAUAAGAAUUCUUUAGUACUUAAUCUUAAAUGGUAUUCGAUCUUGUUCAGAAAAGAGUCCAUAUAAGAUAUAAAAUUUCGAUUCCAUUUUUUGUAAUUUGCUUUCUGUUUACUUAUAUAAUUCAGUUCCUGC